AUGCAAGAUUCUCCUUCUUCCCCCACACCUACCCUUCCCCCUCUCCGCUCCCCAAUCCUCCUUCUCUUUCUCCUCAUCUCCCUCUUCUCCUCCGUCUCCCUCUUCUCCUCCGUCUCCCUCUUCUCCUCCGUCUCCCUCUUCUCCUCCGUCUCCCUCUUCUCCCGCCCUCUUCCCUUGCAUGUGUACGUGUAUGACACGAACCUGUUUGGAGCAUUGGCGUUGUCCCAGGCAGUGUUUCCCUACAUGCACAAGCAGAGGAGCGGGCGAAUCAUCAACGUUUCCAGUGUUGCUGGUUACACGUACAGGCCCUUCGUGGGGACGCCCUUCGUGGGGACGUAUGGGAGCAGCAAGGCGGCGUUCAACGCGGUUACCAACUGCAUGCGCGUGGAAAUGAAACCUCUGGGGAUCGGUGUUGUGCUUCGAGAAUGUCACCUGCAUUUUAGUGCUCAAGGCUUGAGAUAUCUCAGGCGCCUCAAAAGAAUCCGUUACUCCUUGCCUGAACAUUGUUUUUCCCCAUCCGUCCCCCCAUCCGUAACCCCAUCCGUCCCCCCCAUCCGUCCACCCAUCCGUCCCCCCAUCCGUCCCCCCAUCCGCCCCCCCAUCCGCCCCCCCAUCCGCCCCCCCAUCCCAUUGAUGCUUUAG